AUGUUCUACCUGAUAUUGGUACUGUUGAACCUGUUGCUACUGGAAUCGAUCAACUUCAUAUACUGCGCGGCUACCGAGAUUCAGUUCGAACGGUUCGAGCAGCAGUUGGGCUUUCAUUUAACGAACUUUUCCGGACUUCGGGUACGGAAGUUCAAUCGGACCACCUGGAUACUGGAUGGAGAGGGCGAAGUUUUCGUAGAUUUCACCGAUGAGUAUCAAAUAUCGCUGUCAAUGGCGCGCAGCUCCCUAGGCAAUAACCAGUGGAACGAGUACCCCGUGAAAAUCUCCAAGAACAAGAUGUGCAGUUUUCUCAACGAGCACUACAAGGAAUAUCAGCCGUAUUUUAUUGAGAGCACCAGUUUUCCACGCGUUGGGGAAGAGUGGGUUUGCCCCUUUCCGAAAGGGCGUUACUGUGUCCGUAACUUUGCUCCCAAUGGGGCCUGGGUACCGAGUUUUGUUCCAUCUGGGUAUUAUAGGUAUACGGCAUCGAUAUUUGACGCCAAUGAUGAAAUUGUACUUCAGUUUAUUGUGUUUAUGAAGAUGAAGCAAGGCUAUAUGUGA